AGACAGACAGACGGAAAGAGAGGGAGAGAAUGAUACGUAUUCAGCUCCAGUUGAGGCGGAGCGACGUGUUUUUUGGUCGACACCACUUUUCCUCUGACUGUAUCUCUGUCUCUGACUAGAAUCUCGCCAACAACAUGCCUCAAGCAUGACAAUAAACUGGUUUAGCUGGGUGAAGGCAGGGGAAGGAAGGUAAGGCGGCGUAACACAAAACUUGAGACGAGUCUCAGAUGGAGCAGAUACACGACGAAACUGUGGAUGGAAACGUGGUGGAAAAGACAACAUGACUGCGUUUAAGUUUGAACGACGAGUAAAGUGACGAGUAACAAACAGCACGACUACAGAAUGGCACGACGCUCUCAGUGUUCCUCUGCUGGGGACAACCCUCUGGACCCGAACUACCUCCCUCCUCACUAUCGGGAAGAUUACAGAUUAGCUAUUGAUGCGCUGGUUGAGGAGGAUUUGGAAGGAUACUACAAGUUCCUCCAAAAAGCCGAUGUGGUGGAUUUCCUGUCAACACCUGAGAUUCAGUAUAUUCAGAGCUUUAUUCAAAGUCCUCAUCAAAGCUACCACCCUGAGCAACAGUUUCAGGAGACUGACGGAGAUGGCUCUUCAGACACUUACUGGCCAAUUCACUCUGACCAGGAUGUACCGGGGUUGGACCUUGGUUGGCCUCAACUGCAUCGCUUCAUUGGGCCCACAGAGGUCACCACUUUGGUCAACCCCCCUGAGCCUGACAUGCCAAGUAUCAAGGAGCAGGCUCGGAGACUUAUCAAGAAUGCUCAGCAGGUCAUUGCCAUAGUGAUGGACAUGUUUACUGAUGUUGACAUAUUUGCGGAUAUACUCAAUGCUGCCAUGAGGAGUGUUGCUGUCUACAUCCUUUUAGACGAGCAGAACACGGAUCACUUCCUCAACAUGGUGUCCAACUGCAGGGUCAAUCUACAGAGCCUUCAAUUUUUACGUGUGAGAACAGUGUCAGGCAUCACGUACCACUGCCGCUCAGGGAAAUCCUUUAAAGGUCAGAUGAUGGAUCGCUUCUUGUUGACAGACUGCAGAGCUGUGCUGAGUGGAAACUACAGCUUCAUGUGGUCAUUUGAGAAGCUUCACCGCUGUAUGGCACACCUAUUUCUAGGACAGCUUGUAUCAACCUUUGACGAAGAGUUUCGUAUUCUUUUUGCUCAGUCCCAGCCUCUGAUGGUUGAAGAUACACUUGCUCCAAUAGAAGAUUUUGGCGCAUUACAAAAGAGGCAAAACCCAAGUGAAAGAACUCCUCUGUUCAGAGAGCCCAGAAAAUUUCUACCACUGGAUUCAGAGGAAAGGAUGAGACAUUCCUAUGAUGAACAAAUGGAUGUGGACUGGAGAAUGAUGUCUCUUAAGAGGCAAGAACCUCAGCACAGCCCUGCAGAUGUUUAUAGUAGGUAUCCCUCCCCACAGCCUCGCAUCGAUUCAUCUCAUGAUCAGGGCCCCUACCGAAUGUCAAUGUUAGAAAAUCCUGCAUUCAAACGCCAUAGUUAUGCUGAAGGUGUUCAAGGUCGAUAUUCUUAUCCACAUUUGCAGCCACAGGGAAUGCCAGAGCCUGAGAACCAGGGAAGGCAGUUUCACAGGGGACAGCAGCCCUUUCAAGGUCCUGUUCUAGGACCAGAAGCAGAUUACAGUGGCUAUGACAAGUUCUGGAAUCAAGACUUUCAGUCAGAUCAAUACUCUGCAUCUGGUUUACCACAAGAGAUGCAACCACCUGAUAACUUUGACCCUGUGCUUAAUUAUUUAUCAUCUACUAGAUAUGUUGACUUUGAUCAGAGCUCAGAGAAAUUAGUGCCUGAGCCAGAUUUGCUAAGUUCACCUCACCCUAAAAGACAGAGCAUGGGCUCAAAUCCUUGUCAGUCGUCUCCCACGCCCUCAAAUACAACCGAGCAAAAGCUGUUUCUCCAGGAGUCCAACGCUGACCGUAAGGAUCCUACGGUGAAACAAGGGCUAAGAAACUGGAGGAUUAGCUCAUACCUCAGUACAUAUGAUGAUCCAGGAGAGGAAGGCCUGCCAUUGGCACCAAGUCAGGGAUCAGAACCCUUUGAAGAGCCUUCAAAUCCUUUACAGCAAACGGUACCAGGAAUAGAUUUGUCAUAUCCUAAAAUUCCUAAUGUAAGAGAAUUUAAGAUUCCUGCUGUACCAAGGGUAAGUCAAAUGCCAAGUUACACCAAAAACACUGUGCGAGAGAAGCCAAAGCAAUUGCCUGAUGAACCUAUUGCAGUGGCACCAGAAGCCAAAACAACACCAACACCAUCCGAAUCAUCAUCUACAGCUGAUGGAGAAAAGGCAGAGGAAGCAGAACAAAAAGAACCAAAAACCACUACUCUUCUAAGGGAUGAGUCAUUCAGAAGAAAGUUCAGUGCUAUGCCACGAGGCUCUAGGUUAAGAUCAUCUUUGUUAUUCAGCUCUCUUGAUCAGCAGCAUGCUUCUCAAGAUACCAAAACUGCUGGACAACAGGAUGAAGAAAAUGACAAAAAUGAAGCAGAACAGACAAAACUACCUUUUGUUUUAGGACAAAGGAGAUCAAUUACACGAGAACCUUUUGAAUGGAGCCGUUACAUAAAGUCAACAACUAUUGACAACUCAACUAUAGAGACAUCUAAGUCAAAUGAUGAGAACAGUGAAGAAGCAAAUGUAGAUCAAUCAAAGGUAGACAAUUCAAAGGAUCUUUCCGAUAACAGUACAGUUGCUAAUUCUUCACUAUCAAAAUCACAAACUAGGCCACAUGAAACGAAGCUACCUAAAUCUGAUCAGCCAGUACAAGUGCCAACAUCUUUGCUCACUACUCCGUCAUAUGUCGAUAUGAAUGAUCCUGAUAACAGGCUGAUGUUUUUCAAAGAGCUGGCAGCAAAACGUAAAGCUGCUAAGGCUGCAGAAGCUGAAAAGAAUGCAGACAAGGCUCAGACGGAUGUGAAAAAUAGUACCACUCUUAGAAAGGAUGAAACCGAUACAAAAAAAGCCUUAGAGACAAUGGCUAAUACUUCACAAUCAGAGGGUCUCUCUGAAAAACAUCUUACUACAAAUGGUGCUGGAAAAACUUCUGUUGUUUCAGAGAAUAAAGAGCUAGAAACCAGCCAACCAACAAAAGAUUUACCCAUUUCCGCAGAGACAGAACCACCUUCACAUGAAGCUCUUAAAGAUGUAAAGCUGUGCAAACCUGCUGUAAAAGAGAGUUGUCUUACUCAUCCACCGACAUCAACAAAUACUACUCCUGCUAAUGUUCCAUCUCCUGAACAAAGUCUACAUGGAUGUGAAAUCUCCAAGCAAGACAGUCUUGUCAAAAAUGAUGCCAUUACCUCCCAAACCUGUAAAGAGGAACUGACUAACAUUUCUUCAGUUUCAGAGGAGCUGGAAACCAGCCAACCAACAACAUCUUUGCCUGAUGUGGCAAAAACAGAACCUCUUAAAGACUUAAUGCUGCCCAAACCUGCUGUAAAAGAGAGUAGCCUUACUCAUCCAAUGACAUCAAUUGCCACCCCUGCUAAAGUCCCAUCUCCUGAACAAGGUUCAAAUGAAAGUCAACUCCCCAAGCAAGAGGGUCCUGUCAAAACUGACACAAAGAAGGUGCUGGAAAUUAGCCAACCAACAACAUCUUUGCCCAUUUCUGCAGAAACAGAACCUCCUCGACCUGAACCUAUUAAAGACGUAUUGCUGUCCAAACCUGCUGUACAAGAGAGUAGCCUUACUCAUCCAUUGAUAUCAACAAAUGCUACCACUGCUUAUGUUCCAUCUCCUGAACAAGGUCCAAGUGGAAGUCAAAUCCCCAAGCAGGACAGUCUUCUCAAAAAUGAUGACAGUACCUCCCAAAGCUGUAAAGAGGAACAGACUAAAUGUUCAACUGACUCAGAGAAGGAGCUGGAAAUCAGCCAACCAAAAACAUAUUUGCCUGUUGCUGUAGAAACAGAACCCCCUCAACCUGAACCUAUUAAAGACGUAAUGCUGCCCAAACCUGCUGUAAAAGAGAGUAGCUUUACUCAUACAUCGACAUCAACAAAUGCUACCCCUGCUAAUGUUCCAUCUCCUGAACAAAGUUCAAAUGAAAGUCAAAUCUCCAAGCAAGACAGUCUUUUCAAAGCUGACUCAGAGAAGGAGCUGGAAAUCAGCCAACCAACAACAUAUUUGCCCAUUUCUGCAGAAAGAGAACCACCUUCACAUGAAACUCUUAAAGACUUCUCAAAAACUGUUGUAAAAGAUUGCAUUAGUCCAACAUCUACUCAUGGCAAUGGUCCAUCUCCUGAACAGGGUUCAAAUGAAAGUCAUGUCCCAAACUGUGAUUCUACCUCAAAGGAGUCCAGUUCUCUCAUUCCCAGCUCACUAGAGGAACCACUGUCUUCUGCAUCUGCUCCUUUGGAUUCUCACAACCAAAAAGCUGAAUCAGCUGAGUCCCAAACUUUAAUCACUGAACCUGCACGACUAGCUGAAAAACGCAAUGGAUCAGAAUUGACUUCUUCUAACAAAUCAAUUCAAAGCUCCUCACAAUCUGAUUCACAGAUCAUUCCAAGUCUUCCAACCUCUUGCUCUGCUCCUCAGUCUUCACCUAAAGAUACUCUAUGUUCUAAUGUUACCACAGAAGAUUCCAGUUCAGUCUCCAGCAUAUUGUCACCAAGUUCUGAUAAAAUAGAGGCACUGCAACCUGUCACCUCCUCACCACCUGAGUCCGGCCAAACAGCUGAUAAAACUUCUAUAGAAUUAACAGAAUCUGAGUCUACUCAGGUUCGUCUACAGUCUGAUCCCAAGUUGACAUCAUCUGAGAUCCCUUCAGCAGUUGACUCUGCAAAAGUGGAGUCUGAUAUCGCUCCUGACACAUGCACAACCUUGACAGAACCAAACAUAGUCUCAUUACACUCCACCACUAAGACAAAUUCCAGUGAAUCUGAGGUUCUUAGCUCAUCAGAGGAUGUCAAAUCUGAUAUCAAGCCUCCAGAUCCUAGCCUUACAUCACAACCCAAGUCUGAGUUUCCUCAUGUAUCUAAUCUGGAAACUUCUACUAACAGACCUGAUCAAAUUGAGACGAGUACUAUCCACCUCCCGUCUGAGCAUUUCCCAUCAGAAACAUCUUCUCAUGCCAAUUUGGACAUUACUGCUAAUGCUUCCCAGUCCUCAGCAAAUGCAUCUCCGCAAGAUGCCCAGAAACAAGCAACUCGUCCGUCCGAACUUAACCUGACAGGAUUUGUCAGUCCUGCUCCUGUUGAAACAGUACCCCGCUGUUCUCCUGUAACUGCGUCAGGUAGAUCGGUUUUGUCCCCAGAGGCAAGAAAAACAGAAACAAACAUGCCCACGUCAUGCAGUCCUUCAAAUACACCAUCUCUUCCCAAGCAAAUCACAACAGACUCAAAUGAAACUGCACCCCUCCCAUCAACAGAAACUUCUCACCCAACUGAGCCUACCUCAAAAAUCCCCACAGAGCCAGAGCCAACACCUGAAUAUGUGACCUCGGAAAGCCAUGCUCCAGAGCCAUCUGAUCCUGCUGAAACAAGUAACAAAGACCAACAGAGUAAAAUAAGAAAAGAGCCAGAAUUAUCUGCCUCUGGUGAUAAAAAGUCUGAGGACACCAAUAAGGAAAUGCAUGUUAUAACACAGCAAUCUGUCAUAAGUGAAAAAACAAAUGACCAAGUAAAGGCAAAUAACUGCUCAGAGAAAGCAGAGAUUGUAUCAAAUCAAGUCAUUUCUGCGUCGUCACAGUCCAAGCAGCCAAAAGCGAGCCAGUCUCGUUACCAGUCAUCAACAGCCAACGUGCUCUCAAGCAGCAACCUUAGAGAUGAUACUAAGCUGCUGCUAGAGCAGAUUUCUGCUAAUAGCCAGAGUAGGAACGAGGCCACCAAAGAAUCUCCCGUCACUGAUGACGAGAAAGAAGAUAAAGCUGACAAAGAUGCCAAAAGGCAAGCAGAAAGACAGAUUGGGACGUUUGGUAAAGGACAGCCCAAAUCGACAGAGGAGCGGGAGAAGCUGCUCGAGAAGAUCCAGAGCAUGAGGAAGGAGAGGAAAGUUUACAGUCGAUUUGAGAUGGCACCUUAACUGAUAUUCAAGUAAGGCUGAAGAGAAGACGGAAUGUGUACAGGAAGUGUAAAAAGAAUGUGAACUUGUUGAAAUGGUGAAUCUCACACAGAAGAAUACAAACUGGCUGUCACAAAGGUUUACCAAAGGGCUUCUUACUGUGGGUGAAUUACCAAUGCACAUAUACUGAGGAUAUGUGUGUGAUCAAACGGUUUAGGGACUGCAUGGGUAUAGUGCAAUGUAUGCAAUGGUUUGUAUGAUCUUGCCUGUCCAUGCCCUUUUUUGCAGCACUGACGCUAAGUGCAUUUAAGACGCCGCCACCACCACCAUAUGAUUUCCGGCAACAGUUUAUACAUCGUCUCAUUCUACUUCCCAGGUCAAAGACCAGGGAGGAAAUUUUUGUGCAUGUGCAGAACGCCAAGUCCGACCCCAGUCUGACUAAGCGCAUACAUGCAGGAGUAAUCGGACUAUGAAUCACAUUUUCCAGGUAUGUUAGUCCGAUUUAGACUAGCUCGAUUUUAGUCAGACUGUCUAGUUUACAUGACAUUAAGAAAACCGAUUUACUGUCUUAGUCUGACAAAAAUCAUACUUUUAACGUGCAUGUAAACACACUGACUGAUGCCAGCUGUCAAAAUGUGAUGCUUAAGUAUAAUAACACGAUCUUAAGUCGUGUGCUCGUAAAACUGAAAUAAACUUUUGUUUGUAUCUUAAUCAUAAAUAAUAUAUGUAUUUGUAAAAGAAAGAAAAAAAGUGGCUCUGUGAACUUCUAACCAUGCAAGGUUAUUGUUCUGAUGUUAAUAAAACAUUGUUUUAAUUAUUUGUAAUUCAAAAAAAGCAGUGAAAAACACAAGAUUGCAACAGAAUACCAGCUUUUACAUGAUGUACCUACAGUGUCACAUGUGUAAAUCCUCACAUACCAUACAGUAUGGAAUGCUUUUUUUUUCUACACAUUUAACUAAUUUGAGACUUUAAUGUCAGUCUUAGAUGCUGUACUGUUUGCCUUAAAGGGUCUUUUCACCCAAAUCAAGUGUUUUAAAGCAAAUUAUUUGUACGUUAUUUGUCAAACAAACAAGUAUAAAUGUGUUGCCUUUUUGUUUUUGAAUGUCACCUUCCGUCAUGUAUAUCUGAAGCUACCUCAUAGAUGAGGUUAUAUUUUGUAAUAUGCUGCAACCAACCCUUUAUUAACUGCAAAGAAUUUUCACAACUGUAUGUAGAGCACAACUGUUACACACUUUAUGAAAUAGGAUGUUUUAAUUUGUAAAUAAAAAAAAUGUCUUAGUAAUGUU